UCCGCCCGACCGCCGCCACGCCGCCAUCAUGGAUACCAGCCGUGUGCAACCUAUCAAGCUUGCCAGGGUCACCAAGGUUCUGGGCAGAACCGGUUCGCAGGGACAGUGCACGCAGGUGCGCGUAGAAUUCAUGGACGACACGAGUCGCUCCAUCAUCCGGAACGUGAAAGGCCCCGUGCGCGAGGGCGACGUGCUCACCCUAUUGGAGUCAGAGCGAGAGGCUCGUAGACUGCGCUGAACUUGGGACUGGAUCCUGGAUGUCUGUGUCAGCGCUUGGGGCCAUAAGGAUGAUAUGCUGUUAAUAAAGCGUUUGUAUUGUAUGUAAAAAAAAAAAAAAAAAAAAAAAA